UCCCUUUCUUUUUACUUCCCACAAUCUACGGCUUUUGUCACGUGGACGUGUUUUCUCUUUACCGCUCUUUAUCUUCUAUAGCCUGGCCAGUGGUUUUCUUGACUUUUCCUUGGUAGUUGAGUAUGGAGAGAUCUCUUGGGCUUUUGUUGGCGCUCAUUGCAACUAUGACCAUCAUUCAUCUUGUUCAUGCUCAGGAUCAACGAGGGUUUAUUAGUUUGGACUGCGGACUACCUGAGAGUGAACCGUCUUCUUACAUUGAAUCGGUAACCGGAUUAAAUUUCUCUUCGGACGCAACGUUCAUCCAAAGCGGAGAAACGGGUACAAUCCAAACAUAUCUGAAAAUCUCGUUGAAGCCAUACAGGACGCUAAGAUAUUUUCGGGAAGGAACAAGGAACUGCUACGAUAUACCCGUCGAGAAGAGAAGGAUCUAUUUAAUCAAAGCUUGGUUUAUAUAUGGAAAUUAUGAUGGUCUUGACAUUAGACCCAAGUUUGAUAUGUAUCUUGGACCAAAUCUAUGGGCCACGGUGGAUAUGCAAAAGCUAUUUAAUGAUCCUACAAGUGAAGAGAUGUUACAUAAUUCAACAUCAGACUCGUUGCAGAUUUGUCUUGUUAAGAGUGGGACAACUACACCGUUAAUAUCCUCAUUGGAAUUACGGCCGUUGGGACGCGAUUCUUAUAGCACUAAGUCUGGUUCUCUCAAACUUUUAGAACGAAUAUAUUAUACCAAUUCAGGGAAUGAAAUAAGGUACCCGGACGAUGCAUAUGAUCGGCAAUGGACUCCGCAUUCUCAGUUGUGGUUGCCCCACAUAUCCACCACUAGCGAUGUUUCCGAUGGUGGCAGUUACAAACUACCAAAAGCCGUGCGCCAAAAUGCCGCCACGCCAACUAAUGCUAGUGAGCCAUUGACGAUUGAAUGGACUUCAGAAAAUCCUAAUGACCAAUAUUACAUGUAUGAACACCUGGCAGAGAUCCAAGACUUGCAGGCCAAUGAAACCAGGGAAUUCGCCGUGUUCUUGAACGGACAUAGUUUUUCUGACCCUGUAACUCCCGAAAAGUUAGAAAUAAUAACUAUGGCAAGUCAUACCCCUAGGACGUGUGAAGGAGGGAAAUGCAGUUUGCAACUGACAAGAACCUGGAGAUCUACUCUUCCACCUCUACUUAAUGCAUAUGAAAUCUAUAGAGUCAUCCAAUUUACACAAUCUGAAACAAACGAAAAAGACGUGGUUGCUAUAAAAAGUAUCAAACAUGCCUAUGGAUUGAAUAUAAUCAACUGGCAAGGUGAUCCAUGUGUCCCUCAACACUUUAUGUGGGACGGUUUAAACUGCAGUUCCACAGAUAUCUCCAUACCACCAAUAAUCACUUCUUUAAAUUUGUCUUCCAUUGGUUUAAGUGGAACCAUAGCAGCUGCCAUCCAAAAUCUUGAGCAGCUUGAAAAUCUGGAUUUGUCAAAUAACAACUUGACUGGAGAGUUGCCUGAAUUUCUUGGCAACAUAAUGUUUAUAAACCUAAGCGAGAACAAUCUCAAUGGUUCAAUACCUGCAGCUCUUCAGAGGAAAGACGUAAUUCUUCAUGGAAACCCAAGGCUAUUCCAUCCUGGCACAUCAUGCUCAAAAUCACCUAGCAAGAAAUUUCCUGUGGCGAUGGUUGCAUGUGUUGCUACUGUGGUCAUUCUCGUUGCUGCUUUAGUUCUUUUUCUUGUUUUCAGAAAGAAAAAGGUAUCGACUGUCGAUGAUCCACAACUAGGACAGAGAAUGUCACUGAUAAAUAAAAGAUUUACUUAUUCAGAAGUUAUUAAAAUGACAAAUAACUUCCAGGGAGCCUUAGGUGAAGGAGGGUUCGGUAGAGUGUAUCGGGGUACUCUAAAUGAUUCUGAACAUGUGGCCGUUAAAGUAUGCAAUGAAUCAUCACCUCAAUUCUUUAAACAGUUUAAGGCAGAGGUUGAUAUUCUUCUUAGAGCUCACCAUAAAUAUUUGGUAAACCUUGUCGGAUACUGCGAUGAAGGGAAUCACUUGGCCCUCGUCUACGAGUUUGUACCCAAUGGCGACUUAAAAGAACAUCUGUCAGGAAAACAAGGUAGACCUAUCAUCAACUGGGGUAUGCGGCUAAAAAUUGCCAUGGAGGUUUCACAAGGAUUGGAGUAUUUACAUGAUGGAUGCAAACCGUCAAUGAUUCAUAGAGAUGUUAAAACUGCGAACAUAUUAUUGUGUGAGGAUUUUCAAGCGAAGAUUGCAGAUUUUGGGCUCUCUAGAUCUUCCCCAGUUGCAGGAGAAACGCAUGUUUUGACGGUGGUUGCUGGUACUCCUGGAUACCUUGAUCCCGAAUAUCACAGUACAUCUCGGUUGUCUAAGAAGAGCGAUGUCUAUAGUUUUGGAAUUUUGCUGUUAGAAAUGAUCACUAACAAACCAGUUAUUGAUGUUGAUGGCACUCGUGAAAUGUCUGGCAUAGCACAAUGGGUGAGGUUGGAGCUCGAACGGGGAGAGAUUACUAAAAUCAUGGAUCCAAACCUCUAUGUGGAUUACAAUUCUCCUUCUGUUUGGAAUGCUCUUACACUAGCAAUUUCAUGCACGGAUCCUUCCUCGGCGAACCGACCACCCAUGUCUGAUGUUGUUACCAAACUAAAAGCUUGUCUUGCGUCUGAAAACCUGAGUGGACUAUCUGAGUUCUGUUGAAGUGAAGGUAAGCCCAGCAAGGGAUGCCCCCC